AAGCACGUGGCCCCAAACGCUGAACCUGUACAGCACACAGCCGGCCAUGUGGAAGCUUCUCAGGCUGUCCUUGCUGCCCCUGGCAGAAAGCUGCGUGGAGCUUCUGAUCAUGGGAGACUUCGGAACCAGAGACAUGAGACAGGGGGAGAUCUCCAAUGGCCUGGCGCGCGUGGCGGCUGAGAAGUCCCCGAGCGCGGUGGCGGCCAUUGGCGACAACAUCUACCCCUCCGGCGCCGACUACGACCCCACGACCAUCUCCAAGUUUUGGGGGAACGUGUACCUUGGCCAUCCGUCCCUGAAGCGCCCUUGGCACGUGAUCACAGGAAACCACGAUUGGCGCACAGAUGCCCUCGUGGAGCGUGCCUACACGGAGCAUGCCGAUAACCAGCAAGCAGGCGGUCACUGGCAGAUGCCGCACUUUUGGUACAAGAAGACAUACACCGCAGAUGGUCUGACGGUGGAUGCCUUCUACAUCGACACGAUGGUUUGGAAGGGCUCCUGGAUGGCCUACGCCAAGCUGGGCGGAGCAGCGCGCGAGUCUCAGAAGCUUUGGCUCUUCUCCGAGCUCGAGCAGUCGAACGCGGAUUGGAAGAUCGUCUUGGGCCACCACCCGGUGUACUCCGCAGGCAACCACGGCAUCACCGAUGCACUGCUGCGCGAGCUGGACCCAAAGCUCCGGGAGCUUGGCGUGCCGCUCUACUUCGCCGGCCACGACCACAGCAAGCAGAUCAUUUUCCACGAGGGCCUGAGCUACGUGAUCUCCGGCGCCGGCGGAGCGACCGCCCGCAGCCGGUCCAAUCAGUACCCCGCAGGCAGCCUGAAGCACUACUUUCCAGAUGGCGGCUUUGUUGGCCUGUCAGUGUGUGACAAGGAGAAGGCCACUGUGACGGUGUACAACGCAGGCGGCGAUGUGCAGGCGCUUUGGCCUGUGACCAAUGCCAGCCCCCUUCGCUCACGCAUGCGUUCACGCGCAGCGAUGCCCAAGUUGGCGUCCAAGAAGGUUCCUUUCCCGGAGGCGGCAUGCCAUGGCGUGCGCAUGAAGGAUGUGGAGAAGUGGUGCUCCCCGGAUGGCUGCAAGGUCCAGGCAGACGCCGAGGGCAGCUGCGAGGACUUCUGUGGGCUUCAGUCGCUGGCAUGCAGCGGCGCUUUCCAGCAGCCCGAGGACGCAGAGGACUGCACUGGAAGCGUGGUGCUGCCUUGCAGCGCCAAGAGCAACUCCAGCCUCAUCUGCGAGUGCGACAAGCCCACCUUCGUGCCCUGAUGCGGUGAGACUCGUGGUGCCCAAAAUCCUGCGAGAGUUUGAGAAGCCCAAAGUUUUCCUGGAAGGGCUGCAGAGAUCUGGGCUGGUUGCCCCCAUUAAAAGAAUGGUUGGCCCA